UUGAAAAUAGUAAGAUUACAAAUGGAGAUGUUAAGAUUGAUUUCAGUGUUAUAGAAGAAGGUACAACAACAACUAUUACAGAAAAAGAAGAGGUGGAAAAUAUAUUAACAAAGAUUGGGUUUAUUAAUGGAAUACUUGUUCAUUCACAAAACUUUAAUAAAUAUAUUGAAACAAAACGUAAAGCAAGAUCAGACUGGCAUAAACAAAAGGUGAUUGAACUAUCACAAGAGCUUGAUGCCCUAUUACAUCGUCAGCCAGCUCAAUACACACCACCACAUCGUCGAUCUGAACUUUCUGGAUACAUUAACCAAUACAAAAAUUCUAUUGGAGCCAAAUCUUUCAUCAAAGGCUUGCUCAAAGUGUUUCAACUUCAAUUAACCAAAUUGUCACUUAUUUCCUGGACAUUUUUAGAUGAUUCAUUGACACAAAAUGGUGCAGAUUUCAUGAGAGCAACAGUGAACUUGCUGGUAAAUGUGUUGGGAUUUACUCAUACAGUUCAAGAAGUUGAUGAAAGUGGAGAACAAGGAGGAAAUUCUUCACGUACUUGGUAUGUCAGUGGUACACUAACUGACAAAGAAAUCAGUUCAUUGUUAGAAUUAUUUCCAAAAGAAAAAUCAUCAACACUUG